UUGGCAACCCGUAGAACUAACUGGUUCUGCUGCAUGCAGGUAGACAAGGGCUGCGUUACACAAUUGAUAAAACGCGAAUAUUGUUUUAGAAUGAGAUUGAGGUGAGGGGAAAAAGGAAAAGCGCUAAUGAAAACUAUAUAAGAAACGCGAAAGAGAGUCGUAAAAGCGGAAGACAGAAGCCGUGAAAACGCAUGCCAUACCUUCUACGCUUGGAAAUUCCCGUUUGUCAGUAGCUUGUUAGGAGCACGUAUUUUGUGAAGAACUUCGAAGAUCGCAGCCGGCCAGCGAAGAAACCCUCGAUCUUUUUUAAAAGAAUGAAAACCUUCAAGAGAGCCUUGGAGGGUGAGCCAGAGUUCUCGACCAUGUCGGACAGCGAUGCUUGCGAGGAUGACGGGGGCGGCUCCGGGAAGCGCAGGCGCCGCGGAAACCUACCGAAGGAAGCAGUGCAGGUCCUCCGCAGCUGGCUAUACGAGCAUCGCUUCAACGCAUACCCGUCCGAACAGGAGAAGUUGAGUCUCUCUGGUCAAACCAGCCUCUCAGUGCUGCAGAUCUGUAACUGGUUCAUCAACGCUCGGAGGAGGCUUCUCCCAGACUUACUGCGGAAGGACGGCAAAGACCCCAAUCAGUUCACCAUCUCCCGACGGGCGGGGAAGGGAGACCUGCGGAUGUCCGGAGGAGGAAGAGCCAGCUCCCCUGAGAGCGCCCCGUCCCCUGUGCCCCUCAGGCGGCCCUCGGUCAUCCGGCCCGCCCCCACGCUGGACCUCAGUCUGCUGGGCAGCACGGCCACCGCCAUCCUGACCUCGGGCCUGCUGAGCCGGGAGCCGGGCCCCACCCUGGGCCAGCCGGACACCCAGAGCCUGCUGAAGAGCGCCUCCUGCCCCUCGGCCCCCACCGCCCUCACCCGGGGGGGCACGGUGAGCCCCACAGGGGUCCUCUUCAACACCCCACCCCCCACGCCCCCGGAGCUGUGCCCCCAGGACUUCAGUGACCUGCGGCUGCUGGUGGACGCUGCUCUGCAGCGGGCCGCGGAGCUGGAGCUCCAGCAGAGCGCCAGGUCCCCCGCCCAGGACACGCUGACGGCGGGGGGAGCAGGACCUGCCCCUGCCCCUGCACCAGACGCGGCCCCUGCCCCUGCCCCACCCUCUCCCGAGGUCAGGGAUACAGCAGACAACGUUUCAGCAAGUGGGUCCAGCCAGGAGGAUAAGAACGCCACCUUGGUGCUAGACUCCCGCCUCAGCGCUACACAGACUACCGCUGUGGCUAGCCCAGCUCCCAGCAUGCACCGGGCAGAAGCCCUGAGCACGACCCCAGGCCCCAGGGCCUACGAGGCCGGAGUGUGGAGUGUGGUUCGCAACGAGGCCAGGAAGUCUGCAGCAGCCUCCAGCUCCAUACCCUGUGUUUGGGGGCCCCAGCAUGCCCUGUGCCCUCUUCCAGAAGCUGUUAACUAGGGGCAGCAGGAUCUAAGACCUAAACCCCCACAACACCACACACACACACACACACACACACACACACACACACACACACACACACACACACACACACACACACAUGCAAACAUACUCACAGACUCCUGAGGAACACAAAUGCGAUGAGAUCAACAGGUAUGAGAUUCGCAUUCCCAGUCCCCCCUCCUUAUCUGGGUUAUCUACCUUUUUAAUGUCAGCCUCCACUCCUGAUUGGACCCCUCUCUGGGAAGCAGCAUCACCCCUGUGUGGCUUACACUGCAGUGGCUGCUGGGACAGGGUGCUUGUAGGGGGCUCUGAAACUGUCCAUCAGGAUUUGUUUGUGGGGGGGGGUUUUUUCCUUGUAUUUUUUUGUGUGUUUUUUCUUCACAGAGGUUAGGGGUGGACAUCUCGGGGUGAGGUUGUUCCAUUUCUAUCUGUACACCCACAUUCCAAAGGUGUUUUUAUCAGAUUCUGGAUAAAUAUACGCCAUGCUACAAAUCUGAGCUGGAACUUCAGACAGAGUACGCAUAAACUAGUUUAGGGAUUUCCCCCUUUUUAUCGUUGGGAGUAGCUACCGAACAAGGAAGCAAUUGUCCGUUUAACAGGCUCCUAAAAUUUUAAGUAAAUACAAAUAGUAUUUUCCCUUGUGUCUCAGUAAAGGCCCAGCGGUGAAACAUGUUUGACCCUGGGAUGUGACCAUCCGCUGUCCUGUCAGGCAAAAAGCUUUCUCUUCUGAUACUUUCCUCACGGCAACAAGAGCAGACGGUCUGUUGUGUGCCAUUUCCACAUGCACUUUACAAAUGGAAUGGGGAAGAAAGAUUUUAGUUGUAAGGUCUGAUCUGAGCUUUCCCCAGCUGGAUUUCAGUCCAGCCCGCUGGAGCAUCUCAGAAGAUGAGGGAGGGGAAAUUGGAGGAAUUGUGCGCAUAACUCCUUGAGUCUGAUGGCUGUCUCACUGCCACGGACACUCCACUCCUGCACGCAAUUCACAAAUAGUUGCACAGUUGCUUUAAGAUACGAGACCAAGAAAUUUGCUGCGGGAGCAAGUCGACUGGAUGUGUCGCUUUGUUCUCUUUUGUUCAGUGUUACUAUAUUUUUAAAGCAUCACCACAUAGAUUAUCUUUGUUUCGUUUUUUAUAUAUAUAUAUAUAUAUAUAUAUAUAUAUA